AUGGUAGAUCUCCGUAAGAUCAAGGGUAUCUUGGACUGCAAAGCCACAGCUAAACUUCUGAAGUUCACUGUCAGGACUGUGCUGGUUCAGGAGGAGAACAUGGAAGGUGCAUAUGGGAUCCUGGACAGCAUCCUCAACACCGAUGGGCAUACUGAAGUCAUGACGUGAUGACACUACUGUAAGAAGCCUUGCCGCCACCACCAGCGGGAGAACUUUGAGACAUGCCAGAGGAUCUACAACAUGGAAAUGACUUGCAAGAUUAACUUCCUGAUGCAAAAGAACUGGGCAGAUCCAUAGCCUGUUGCUAGGGCCUGUGGCUAAAAGGCCCAUAUUAAUUGUAUGUCCAACUCUUUUCUUUAUCCAACCACAAUUUCUGUUACCCUUCUCGACAGUAAGCUCAAUCAUACGUGAACAAGAAAAACAAGUGAUUGUAAAUCAGUACAAAGUACGCAGGUACUCUUGUACUAAGUAGUUUUGCACAGUCAUAGUUUAGAGUUUGCUAAUAUUACAUGAAAACGUUACGCAUUUUGUUUGUUCUUUAUA